UUUUAUAAUAUAUAUACGUAUAUCACUCUCAAUUUCCAUGAUCCAUGAUUCAUCUAUGCCCAUGGUUGCGUAUAUUCGUUAGUUGUGUUCAUAUCACCAUGGUUGAAGAAAUUAUAAAUACAAACAAUAAAUCUAAGAAUAGGACUGCAAGACCUCGUCCAGUUUAUUUAUGGAAUGUUUUGGAUGUUCAAAAAUGGUUACGCAGACAUUGCAGUGAUUAUUAUCAAAUUUAUCACGAAAAAUUUUUAUAUGUAAGUUUUUUAAUUUUCAAGCAUGACAUCACAGGACGAGCUUUAUUAAGAUUGAAUGAAAAUAUUUUAAUGAGAUUAGGAAUAGAAAAUAAAGAACACAGGAUAGAUAUUUGGAGAGAAAUUAUGAAAUUACACCUGAAAACUGAUAUUUUAGAAAUUAGAGAUAUUGAAAGACGUAAUAACAUGAAUUAUGAUUAA